UCCAACCUUCCUUGAUUCGGAAGACAAACUGCCACCCCACCUUCUUUGACACCUUCAUCUCAACCACCUUCCAUUCUCACGCCACCACAACUCAUAUCUCUCAUUCUUCUAUAACUCAUCACUCAACUGAUUCACCACUCUCCCCUCCCUCCCCAAAUACUCUUCAAAUCUCAAAAUUUGAUCCAAAGCUACCAACUUCAUCUGAUUAAAAUCACCCCCAACAAUCUCCACAAGGGUUCCAUUUCCAUAAAAUCAAUUGGAAAUGGUAUCUGAAUCCGUACCGAUCCUCACUCCGAAAGCCAACGAAUCAGCUGCAAAGGAAGAAGACGAACUUCCCGACGCGGCUCUUCUACCACUCUCCACCUCAGACUCUUGCCCCUCAAAUCCAAACCCUAAACCGGCCUCCAUUACCCUAAUCAUCAUCUCCCUCUUCCUCUCCACCUGCAUUGCUAUCGCCGCCGCCGCCGCCUUCGCAUUCCUCUUCUUCCACUCCGCCUCUAAUCCGCCGCGGGAGGUGGCCAGGCCGCUCGCAAAGCUCAAGAGCCCAGUCGUUUUACUAAUUUCAAUGGAUGGAUUCAGAUUCGGAUACCAAUUCAAGACCGAUACGCCCCACAUCCGUCGAUUGAUCGAGAACGGAACUGAAGCUGACCUAGGUUUGGUUCCUGUGUUCCCAACCCUCACUUUCCCCAACCAUUACUCAAUUGUCACAGGAUUGUACCCUGCUUAUCACGGAAUCGUCAACAAUUUCUUCACCGAUCCCGCCACCGGCGACUUCUUCACGAUGUCCAGCCACGAGCCAAAGUGGUGGCUUGGUGAGCCUCUGUGGGAGACUUUGGCAAAUCGCGGCUUGAAAGCAUCAACCUAUUUUUGGCCUGGCUCGGAGGUAGUCAAAGGCUCAUGGAACUGUUCUAAUGAAUACUGCAUGAUUUAUAAUAGCUCUGUGCCAUAUGAAGAUAGAGUUGAUACUGUUUUAAGAUACUUUGAUUUGAACAGUAGUGAAAUUCCUUCGUUUAUGACAUUGUAUUUCGAGGAUCCCGAUCAUCAGGGUCAUAAGGUCGGCUCCGAUGAUCCGAAGAUCACAGAGGCGAUUUCUAGGGUUGACAGCAUGAUUGGGAGGUUGAUUAGUGGUUUAGAACAGAGGGGUUUUUUUGAUGAUGUGAAUAUCAUUUUGGUUGGUGAUCAUGGGAUGGUUGGGACAUGUGAUAAGAAGCUGAUAUAUCUAGAUGAUCUUGGGAUACCCAAGGAUUGGAUUCAGUCGUAUAGCCCGUUGCUUGCCAUCCGUCCGCCAUCUGACCAUUCGCCUAAGGAAGUUGUGGCGAAGAUGAAUGAGGCUUUGAAGUCGGGGAGUGUUGGGAAUGGUGAGUAUUUGAGGGUUUAUCUCAAGGAGGAUCUGCCUAGGAGACUGCAUUAUGCAGAUAGUGAUCGUAUCCCUCCAGUUAUAGGGUUGGUUGAUGAAGGGUUUAAGGUGGAGCAGACGAGGUUGAAGAGGCAAGAAUGUGGAGGAUCGCAUGGAUAUGACAAUGCAAUCUUCUCCAUGAGGAGUGUUUUCAUUUCUCAUGGACCUCGUUUUGGUAGGGGGAGGAAGGUCCCCUCGUUUGAGAAUGUUCAGAUAUACAAUUUGGUUACAAGCAUUUUGAACAUUGACGGAGCUCCAAAUAAUGGAACAGUGUCAUUUCCCUCGAGUGUUCUUCUGCCUAUCCAUUGAGAUCAUUAGUCAUCUCUUGUGCUCAAUGAAGUAGAUUGGCUGUAUCCUGGUGCCAGAGUUGCAAAUCACACCAUGCGCAGUGAUGAAUAGUAUUCGUUAUGGGGAAUGGCUGCUGAUUCAAAUGAUAAAUGGAGUUUUUCCAAGAGAGAGAUACGGGUUGGGUAAGGUAGGUUAGUUUUUUUUGUUUGCAGAGCUGGACGCGUGAAGCUUAUGAAAGAUUUAGUUGUUCGAUCUAAGAUGCUCGACUCAUGCCAUAUUGUCACUUGAGCCACAGCAGUACUUUUAAAGUAAAGGGAAAGAUUUAUACUUGCUGAAGUGAAUGUAGCAAUCUGAAAUGACACGGAGCUCUACAGCAACUGACGAUGAUUGUGCUUUGCUUCCAAAGCAGUUUGGAUUACUGAAUCUUGAUAUGAUCAGUGAUUUUCUGAUUGAUUCCAUAGGUUUGAUACUAAUUCUUACAAGUGAUGAUGCCUUUUGCAGAUACAUUCAUCUACUUGAUCAAAAUUGAAUUGAAUGUUACGAUGUUUAUAAUGUUUGAAAACGGAGGAGUUUGUUA